AUGUCGCGUCACUACUCAUCCCGAUCCUCAUAUUCUUCAAGUGGUCCGAACACUCCGGUCAUAAUUCUUUACGACACUCCAGGUCAUAGUCCGCAACCAUGGGCGCCCAAUAUCUGGCGAAUCAGGUUUGUUCUGAAUUAUAAGCGACUACGAUAUCGGACACAGUGGGUCGAAUUUCAGAACAUCGAGGCCACUUUACGCAGUAUCGGAGCACCCCCAAGUUCAGUGCGCAGUGACGGACGCCCUGUCUAUACACUUCCCGUCAUUGUCGACCCAACACGAAGCCCCAGCCGUCCAGAGAUACUCUCUAAUCCGAACAACAUUGCUGAGUAUCUGGAAACGUACUACCCUGCACGCUCAGUUUUCCCAGAGGGAAGUCGUGCAUUGCAAUCGCUUUUUGUUCACUACAUACAGGAAACCUUUGCGAGACCUUUGCUACCCAUCAUGGUUCCCCUAAGCGCCAGAGGUUUACCAGAGCGCAGCCAGCCUCCGUUUAGCCACUCACAUACUGUAAACCCGCUUCCGCCAGGACCACAGAGGGAGCGGGCUUGGGAGUUGGUGAAAGAGCAAUUCGACUUUUUGUCCGCUAUCCUUGAUAAGAACUCAAUGGAUGGCGAUGGCGUUUGUGCCAUGGGCAAUUCAGUUUCAUAUGCCGAUUUUGCGCUGUGUUCAGUUCUUCUAUGGAUAGAAAACAUGGCGCCGCAUGAUGGCUGGGCUCGCGUCAGGGAGUGGAAUGGAGGACGCUGGAUUCGAUUGCGAGAGAAAUGCCGAGAUUACAUGGACGUUUUUUGA